CUUGAAAGCUCCGCAACCAGCACAAACCAUCAUAAAAAGAAACAACCUCCAAUAUUUUUUCCAGCCUCUCGAUCUCAAAAUAAGCAGAAGAUAUCACCAUGACAGGAGCUGAUGAACAACCCUCGCUGUAUGAGCGCCUGGGAGGUGAUGCCUUCUUCAACCUCUUGGUAACUGCAGUUUUUGACGAGAAAUUGGAACACCCCGUCCUCAAACAAUUCUUUCAGAAUAUCCCAGUUUCGGCCCUCAAGACGCAUCAGAUCAAGUUGUUUCGGUCGAUUUUUGGAAAGGAGAGUGACAAACCUACCGAUGAAGACUUGUUGGACUUUAUGAUUCGAACUCACACUCACAUGUUCCGGGAUCAGGGGCUCAACGAAACUCAUUACGACAUGGCGGCAGACUGUUUUGCCCAAGGACUGCAAACCUUCCAAGUGGAGCAGGGUUUGAUUGAUGAGUGCAUGGCCAUUCUGGCCUCCAUGAGAGUGGUCUUUGAGUACGGAGCGCAGGUGGCGGAACGUGAAAAGACCAUGGAAAAGGAGAAGAUGAAAACACUCCCCCUGGCAUCCCCCAAAACCAUUGGAACAGACCUGGAGGUGGUCCUUCCCGAAUACUCCAAAAUUGAAAUCCCCACUUGGCUGACGGAAAAACUGGCCAAAGACUCCAAGACCCCCGUUCUCCGUGCUUGGACCUGCGAUUUAACCAAUCGCUUUGGACCGGAGGGAGACAAAGACAUUGCCGACACUUUCAUGGAUCAGCCAUACAUGGACCACCACGUCUACUUGGUGGCCUUUCUGCAACUUGCUUUCAUGAAGGCAGAUAAUGUCUGUCCCCAACACCAAAGGAAAAUGCUGCAGAUUGUGCAGUACCCAAGAGGAAGAGGAAAUCCCAAGCUAUCGCAGGAACUCUAUAUUCGCAUGAUUGCCCAGUUCCUCAUCGCCUCCGUCAAACUGGGGCUUUCCCAAGAAGCCUUGAAAAAGGCUGAGAAACAACUUCGCUCCCACGCAUCUUCCUUUGCCAAGAAGACCACUCCUGUGGGGGGAGUGAAGGCGCCACAUAUUCUCCACAAAAUCCGCAUGUUGGAAGACAAGGAUAACUUAACCGCCCUUGGGAUCCGUGAGAACACUUCCUCCACUUCACCUUCCUUGCUUGUGGGCGGUUGUGAUGAAACCAGUGCAGACUUGAGUACAGAGUCCAAUCACUCUUCCUCACUAUUUGGAAAGCCCAGUCAUCAGGGUGAUGAUGAGAAAAAGCACAAGAAGAUGCACGCCAAGGAGAAACCGAAACGAUCCAGUUCUUCGAACCCGUUUGCAUGGCUGAAAGGCACCAUCUGGGCCAGCAAGCCCAAGAACCACACGCCCGGUGCCGUCUCUGCGUAGGCAAGGGCAGAACAUUCUUGCCAAUCAAUUUUAAUUUUGUGAUGAGACAAGACGCACGGUUGAGUGCGCUCGUACAAGUAGUGCAUCUAUACUAUCAACCUCUAGUAGCUAGAACUAUCUAAAAACAACUGAAUAAACUACAUGUCCC